CGGUACUAUCUCCUGCCAAGAUGAAGCUGCUGUUGCUGGGUCUGGGGCUGAUUCUAGUCUGUGCCCACGAGGAAGGAAAUGAUGUUGUGAGAAGCAACAUCGAUGAUUCGAAGAUUUCAGGAUAUUGGUAUUCCAUUCUCUUGGCCUCCGAUGUCAGGGAAAAGAUAGAAGAAGGUGGCAGCAUGAGGGUUUUUGUGAAACACAUCGAAGUCCUGAGCAACUCUUCUCUGCUCUUUAACAUGAGUACAAAAGUGGACGGAAAGUGUACUGAGAUUUCUGUGCUUACUAACAAAACAGAAAAGGAUGGUGAAUAUAGUGUUGUGUAUGAUGGAUACAAUGUAUUUAGCAUUGUUGAAACAGACUACACUGGCUAUAUUGUGUUUCAUCUUGUGAAUAUCAAGGAGGAGCACACAUUCCAACUGAUGAAGCUCUAUGCCCGAGAACCAGACGUGAGUGAAGAAGUCAAGAAAAGGUUUGUGAAAUAUUGCCAAAAACAUGGAAUUGUUGAGGAAAACAUAAUCGACCUGACCAAAGUUGAUCGCUGUCUCCACACCCAGGGGAGUGAAGAGGACCAGGACUCCAGUGCUGAGUGAAUGCUUCCUCAUCUGGGCUCCAGGAUCUUCCCUUGCAUGGUCCCCACGCCAUCUAGUAACAAGUUCUGGGACCUGAUUU